AUCUAUGCAAUGAAAAGGAAAAUCCUUUGUAAUAAUAAUAAUCUAUUUAUAUUUUGUAAAUAAAAAUAUUUUAUUACUUGUUUUAUAAAUAAUUAAAAUGUGUAAAAUUUUUGUAUUAUAGACUUUGUAUAACCUAUACUGUACAAUUUAAGGUAUUACGUAUGAUUUUUUUACCUCUAAGUGGAAUUAAAUUAAUGUAUGUUUACUACUUUUGAAAUAUAAUCUAACUAUCAAAGAUGAAUACAACAUUACUGAAUAAAACAAGAACUAUAAAUACUUUUUUGUACAAGAAAGUUAAUAUGCUUGUAAAUUUAAGAAAUGAGUCAUCAUCAAAUACAAAACGCACAACUAUUGACAAACCAAAUGUCGAGAAAUUUACAAAGAUUUUACAAGAAUGGUGGGAUCCAAAUGGACCUAUAAAAGCACUUCAUGCUAUGAAUUUAGUUCGGGUGCCAUUCGUCAGAGAUGGUCUAAUACAAUGUGCACAAAAUGAAAGAAAUAUCAAGCCAUUAAAAGACAAAAAGCUCUUGGAUGUAGGUUGCGGCGGUGGGAUUUUAUCAGAAGCUUUAAGUAAACUUGGUGCAGAGGUUACAGGCAUAGAUGCAAACAAAGAGUUAGUCCAGUUAGCCCAAUAUCACAGCAACAUGAAUGAUGAGUUGAAUCUAAAGCCAAAAUACCAGUACACUACCAUUGAAGACCACUCAAAGGACUUUAGUAAUUACUACGAUGGUGUAGUCGCAUCAGAAGUAAUUGAGCAUAUAAAAGACAAAGAGCUAUUUGUGAAGUCGUGUUUACAAGCACUUAAACCAGAGGGUAGGAUAUUUUUCACAACUCCAACAAGAAGUCGAUUAUGUAAAAUUUUCGGCAUAUGGAUUGCAGAAUAUGUCAUGAAUGCGAUACCAAAAGGAACGCACCAAUAUGACAUGUUGAUGACCCCAAUAGAACUAACCUUUUUGUUGGAGAGAAAUAAUUGCCAUGUAGAAAUAAUAAAUGGCCUUGUGUAUAAUCCUUGCACAAACAAAUGGGACUUGAUUAGGUCACAACAAUUAUUAUUUGCUCUUCAAGCUGUUAAAUUAGAAUAAUAUCUGUUUAUAUUUAUUAUUAUUGUUAUGUGUAAGUAUAUUUUAAUUUAUCUUGUUUAUACUGUGUUUCACUUUUUCUUUAACCCUUUUCUUUCUCCCUUUUUUAGUCUUAUUAUUUCUCUUUUACACCUUCACCAGACACAAUUUUAAUUAUUCCUCUCCAUCCUAAGAUUUCCAGGAAGAGAUUGCUAUUUAGCAAAAAGACCGUCUAUUGUUGCUUUUUUAUCUAGCUUUCAUGUAAUUAAUUAUUCAUUUUGUUUGUGUACAUAUUGUAAUUUUUUAUGAUCUGUAUCAUUCUUUGAAGGGAACAAUAAAGAUUUUUCAUUCGUUUA